GUCUGGCUCUGACCUUCAUCCUGGAGACCAGCUUCAAACCCGAGGCCGGGUCCAGACCCGGCGUUCCCAAGAUAGGAAUCCUCAUCACCGACGGGAAGUCCCAGGAUGACGUCAUACCUCCUGCGCGGAGCCUGAGGGAGGCCGGGAUCGAACUGUUCGCCAUCGGUGUGAAAAAUGCUGAUGAGAACGAGCUGAAGGCGAUCGCGUCUCCUCCGGAGGAAACUCACGUGUACAACGUGGCGGACUUCAGCGUGAUGAGCGACAUCGUGGAGGGUCUCACCAAGACCGUGUGUGACCGAGUGGAGCAGCUCGACAAGCAGAUGAAAGUGGGAGGAGAACCAGCCCCCCCGCCCGGCUCCGUGGCGCCGCCCCGCGACCUGGUGACGUCUGACAUCACGGCACGCAGUUUCCGGGUGACGUGGACGCGCGCGCCGGGUCAGGUGGAGAAAUACCGCGUGGUCUACUACCCAGCCAGCGGAGGACAGCCGGAGGAGAAGGUGGUCCAGGGGACGGAGAGCAGCGUGGAGCUGAACUACCUCAACUCUCUGACGGAGUACCAGGUGGCCGUCUUCGCCGUCUACCGCACCUCGGCCAGCUCGGCCCUGAGAGGAAGCGCCACCACACUGGCUCUGCCGAUGGUGAACGACCUCGAGCUGUUCGACAUCUCUCACAGCACCAUGAGGGUCCGCUGGAAGAUGGCCGCCGGGGCUUCUGGGUACAUGAUCCUGUACGCUCCGCUGACGGGGGGAGAACCCGAGGACGAGAAGGAGGUGAGGA